AUGAAUGAUACACAUGCAACAGAGAAUGUAAAAGACUUAACUUGGGUUGGACUUAUUUCUCGAGCAGUGGCGAAAGGAAAACUCCUCGGUUCGACAUGCCAUUUGUACUCAUCAAAUACAAUCGACAAGGAUACAAAUAAUCCAGACCCUUGCGUGUGUGGUCGUCGGAAGAGUAUUCAUAGUUUUGCGCAGGAUCCACUUACCCAUCUUCGUCGGAGUAGUAUUUGGGAAGAAUCAAAAUAUGCUACUGAAGCCCACGUUUCGGUAUACGGCGUUUGGAAGAGUAAAACGAAGUUUGUACGUUGGGACCAUACACGAAUCAAAAUAACUACAGACGCCGCGAGCGAUCGGACGGAGAAAACCAGUCUUUCGACUAUGGCUGAAAUACUACGUGAUGAUGCGAAAGGUAACACACCAGAUUUACUCAUUAGUUGCUAUGGGGGUGCGAAAUAUUUCAAAAUGAAUGAUAAACUAGAGAAAGAAUUCAUGGAAGGUAUCGGCCUUGCUGCUGCUACUGAAGGUGUUUGGUUGUUAACUACUGGCUUAAAUAGUGGAGUGUCCAAAGUAAUCGGUCAAAGUGUUGAACGCUAUGCAUUACUCAACGAAAAAGCAUCAAAUUAUACUGUCAUCGGACUUAGUAGUUGGGGUUGUUUGUCUGACCGUACACGUUAUGUUCUUAAAAAACAGACACAAUUAGAUCUCGCUAAAAACCAAACCAAACGCACAAGUGUUCCGAAAAUGACCGGAGCAUUUGUUAUUCGAAACAUCAGUAACGAAGAUAUUUUAUGGUCAACAAUCGAUGAAAAUCAGCCUGAUACGUUUGAAACUAAUCAUACGCAUUUGCUGUUACUUGAUGAUGGUAGUCAGGGUGAACGUCGUACAUCGGCAGGGACUGAACCAUUCUAUAUUUCCGAUACUCCACGUUCUGAUCUCGUUCGUCAACUGAAAAAACUAACUGAAUGUCACGCAGUUACAAUUCUCGUUGAAGGUGGCCUAAGUUCUCUUGAUGUUAUUCAACACGAUAUCAGUGCACAACGUCCCGUUGUCAUUAUACAUGGUAGUGGUCGAUUAGCUACUGCUAUAGGAAACUUAUUAGAACUAGCUGACGAUCAUACAUUAAUUGAAAAAGAGGAAAUCAAACGUCAAUUGAGGAGUUUUGCAAAACAACGGCAUCUAAAUGACACACUCCUCUCAAGCAUUCAAUCAACAUUAGCACCAGCAAAUCGAGCGUAUUUAACUUUAUUCCGACUCGACGACAAAACUAGCCUUACUGAUACGAUUUUCCUGGCUGUUUUCAAAGCAUACAUGCAUCGAGAAAACACUCAACGAACUGGAAACAGUGAGCAUAUGAAGAAAAUGUUAGAUUUAGCUGUUAAAUGGAAUUAUAUCAACGGUAUAGUGCAGAAUACUAAAAUUAUUCUAAACAAUCCAGAAUGGAGUGCCGAUUUAUUCGAGAGAGCACUUUUGACUAAUCGUCCUGCAAUUGUCGAUUAUUUUCUUCGCAGACAACACGAUAUACUUGAAACAAAAGAAUUUGUCAAGUCUAAGCCGAAGAGUAUGUCGGACAUAGCUGCGAUGUUUCGAGCUGCGAUGACAACGAUGCAAAUUGGCAAGACUACAGCAAACAUUCAACUUCAGGUUUCAACACCCGGUGAAAUAACUACUCAAGAAAAGGAUGAAGCAAUGCUACGCGCUUCGUUUUCUCUCAAAUUUAUUGUUACUCAAUUAUACGCUAUGACGACGAACAUAUAUAUUAAAAGUUCUUAUCCUGUCUGUUCGCCUGGCGAUCUCGAUCGACUCUAUUAUAGGCUGAUUGGACCUUACACGGAGUCAUUCUUCUAUAAACUAUCAACAAGAAACCGUCUAGCGAACGAUAUUCGUAACAAACUUCGUUCUCUCCUAACGCGAUUUAAAUAUCUGACGAGAAAGUCAACGGUAGUGCCGCUUCAAAGGCCAGAUGAGCGAAAUAUAGACGCUUUUUCAGAGAACAACACAGAAAGAAUUGUUUCUCCUAUAAUAGUUCUGGCUAAACCAGAUCCACUCCAGGUGUGUUUAGAAUGUUUUCCUGCUCCUGACACGUUCGGUAGUCAGGAAAUGUUACGUGAGAUUUUCCUAUGGGCAGUCAUCGAAGGAUACUCGGAAAUGGCAUUUAUUCUAUUACUUCAAAUCAAAUCUCGCAUCAGUGCAGCACUCAUAGCUGCCGGUAUUACCAGUCGUUUGAUGUCGACGUACGAUGGAUAUCUUGAUCGAUUACAUAAGUUUCGAAAACAAUCCAGUGACUACGAACGAUUUGCUACGGCGUGUAUCGAUGAUUGUUAUCGACGAAAUGAACGCCGAGCUUGUCAAUUACUCUUACGUGAGACGCCUCUCUUCGGCAAUGUAACUUGUAUGCAAAUCGCAAUAAGUUCCCGUAUUCGAUCAUUUAUUAACAGUCGAUGUUUUAACCAAGUACUCAAUCGACAAUGGUAUGGAGUUUUGUGCCAAUCGACAAAUCGCUCAUUACUGUCCAAGAUCUUAUUCAUCAUGAGCCUUUUAUCGAUGGGUCUUCUCGCUCCAUUAUUAAUCACCUAUCGGAAUGAUUUUCCCGAGGAAAAUCAACCGAGACAGUUCAAUAUUUCUACCGAGGAAAAAGAUGUGUCACUCAAACAACGUCGUUGGGAAGGUAUCGAAGAUCAAGACGGAACAAAAUUGAAUUACAUUCAGAAAGUUCGGCACUUUCAUCGUACACCCAUCGUCCGAAUGAGUUACGAUUUCCUAUUCUACAUCUGGAUGCUUCUUGCUUUCAGUAACGUGAUGCUAUUCGAAAUGAAAUCUCCACAUAGCGAACUACAUUGGACAGAGAUCUACGUCAUCGUCACCAUAUCUUUGAUGUUGAUUGAAGAUAUUCGAAAGUGUCUCAUGGAAUACAUAACACAAAUGUUAGAGCGAUGGCAUCAAUCUGAUAUGUGGAUGAUAUUCGUAUAUGCGCCACCGUACGUUUUAUUUUACAUUGGUAUUGCAUUGAAAUUUGCUUCGAAAAUUCGACCAGACUUUUUUACACCUGCCAGAAUUGUUUUAGCAAUUGAUUUAGAACUAUGGUUUUUAUUUUCCUUACGUUUUGUAAGCGCUGUUAAACUUCUUGGACCAAAACUAUUCAUGAUUAGAAAUAUGCUACGCGAUUUGACUGGAUUCAUUUACAUCAUAUUUGUUUGUAUUGCUGCCUAUGGUAUCGUCUCUCGAUCACUAACAAGAUAUUCAUCAAUCGAAAUGAAUGCGAAAAAUCUAUCAAGUAGCAUUCUGUAUCGACCCUAUUGGUUUCUGUAUUCAAUUGUUGACGAUGAAAGAAACGAGUUAGAUGGUAUUAUUGAAUCACCAUCGAGUAGUUCGGAUGAAGUAUUCGAAGCAACCGUCAAUCAAAUAUUACUUGCUUUUCAUAUGCUUUUUAUUAACAUUCUGAUCCUGAAUCUCCUGAUUGCUGUUUUCAACUUUACUAUCAUGGAUGUUCAAGACAAAUCUGAAUAUCUCUGGCGUUAUCAACGAUAUGAAUUAAUUCGAAAUUAUUUCGAACAACCCUUAUUAGCUUUUCCGCCCUUGUCGAUUGUGGGUUAUUUUUGGACAUUGCUCAAAUAUUGUCUUCGACGUCGAGAUGUUGCGCGGAUAUUUAAACGUUUCGCUACCAAACAAUCGAACAACGAAUGGACAAACUUUGAGAAUGCAGCUACGUAUAGCUAUACUCGAACUUUUGUCGAUCGAAUGUACGCCGAUAGUUCGACGCUCGUCAUACCAACGUUCUCGGAAACGGAUGAAUUAAAAGCGGAAAUCGAAGAUUUGAAACGUAAAAAUAAUGAAAUGCGUGUUGUCAUCGAUAAUUUGAAUGCUCAAUCGAAAUUGUCGAUCCCGGCUAUGAAUUGGAUGAUGACUGCAAUGGAUCGUGUUAAAAUGUCGUCUCAACGACCACCACCACUAUUGGUGUCUGCCUCUGCACCGGAUACACGAGACGAAAUAUAA